AAGUGUGCGCACCCUUCACGUGUGAGUGCCCUCAGGGUUGUAGCAGAGCUCUGACCUAGGGUGGUUGUUCACAUUCUGGUGUAUCCUGUCUGCCUGUCCUUCUCCUGAGCUCCUCUGGCUGUCAGAGGGUGUAACUGUACUCCGUGCUGGCAGAACCACGCCUGGUGGCGUUGCCCAGUCCCUCGCUGGAGGCCAGCCAGGAGCAGGCAGUUCUGUGCAGGACAAAUCGGUACAAAGGCACAUGCGACACCCAGCUCUGCUUUUCCCUCACCUGUACUGCCUGGUAAAUCUGGAAAAGGAGCUUUGUGUCUUGCUGUCCUGCACGGUUCUGCUGCUUUCACUGUGUGAGAGAUCUUUGCCACGUGUACGAUUGCUUUGUUUGUAAUUUGUAGUUACUCAAAGGGGUGUGCAGGUUGCAUUGCUGUUGGGGCUUUUUAAAGGGAAAAGUUUGUUGCUUAAUUGUGUUAUGAGCACGGUUAAAAUGGAAAGCAUAACCGUGUUGUAUUUAUUACUGUUCCGCCAUAACAGCCCAGAGCUGUAACACACCAAAAUGUUACGCUUGAAAGAAUUUUCCUCAUUUGCAUGUGGUGUUGACUUACACUUUUAACACAUAAUGGAAGUGGUUGUGUUGUAGUUAGAUUUUUCUGCAAGUGCUUUCUCGGAGUGUGCCCUGUGAAUCUGAUGUGGUUGAGAUUUAUAGCGGUGCUGAGUGUGUUCACUGCCUCGGUCAGCUGCGAGAGCUCUCCCGCUGGGGCCGCUCCUCCCUGAUGGAAAAGGAGCAGCUGGGAAGGUGCUGUUUCAGGCUCUUGCUGGCAUUAUAAAAAAAAAAAGAAAAGGAAAAAACAAACUCCUCACACACUUACAUUGGAGAGGGGGAACCAGGCCACGUGACUCCCACCAUCCUACCCUAUGUCACCAUGUGUGUAGGAGCGCUGACUGCUCCUGCCCAAUCAUGCCUGGAAUGCUGCUUGCCACUUGGGCUAUUUCUGCUAUCUGUCGCUCCCAGGGCUGCAGUGCUAACCGUUUGGCAGAUGGGACACUUUUUCUAGGAGUUUAUGUCUUUGGUUUUUAACUUCUGGCAGUGCCUGAAUUGUUGCUGUUCUCCCUCUCCUUUUCUUCUCUCUGUAAAACCAUGGCCCAUCGGCUGCGGUUUCAUUUCGGCUCUGGGAGAAGCAACACAGCCCCCGAAUCGGAGAUCCUUGCCCGGGAGAGAGAAGAUGACUUUUUCAUGGCGUUCCACACCUUGCCGAGAAGAAGCAGCCCUCACGCGUUCUCGCGGCACGGAGCGGAUUACGGCGGCGAUGGAGAUCCGCAGGAAGCGGGCUCCUUGAAAAGGAGCACAUCCAUGUUCAUCCCGCAGCUGCUGAACGGCCUCGACACGCGCCCCACCAGGAGCUCAUCCAUGCAGAUCUCGCUGCAGCGCAAAGGCGCCGACGGCUGCGCCGACGAGUCCCCGGAGUCUCCAGAGGAGACGCCUCUCUGUAAAUUCGCAGACUUGAGGGAGCGUUACGCAUCCUCUGCUGAAAACCGCUCUUCUCCGAGCGCUCCACAGGUGACUCCUGAAAGUUCUUCACCCGGGCUGCCGGAGGAGUUAGGGCAGCAGACGGAUGGAACCGUCUGCUGUAACCGUAGAGUAUUUUGUAGUGUUCCAACUAAUAACCAGAGCGAGGAGGCUCUGCUGCCUGCCCAGCGAGAAGAAGCAAGUGAAGCAGCUUCAGCUUUGAACAUAAGCGGCGUGAGGAUUCAGCACCGGGCCUCAAGCACAGAUGUGCCUCAAGUUACUCUACUUCCCUUUGGUCCCGAGGCUCCAAAUAAUGCUCCCACCCCUGAACCCCGACGCUGGUCCUUGCAGCAUGUGCCAGAUCUGUCAGCAAAUUCAGGGAAAAAGUUCUUUGUUCUCCAGUUACAGCAGCCACAGACGAGCGGUGCAGGCGCAGGAGGUGGAGGUAACUUCGGCUUUACCGGAACCAAAGGGGACAGAUUGGUCAGGUACCCUCGGAUCCGGCUGGAAAGGAGUACUUCCUACCCUGUCCAGCCACCAGCAGAGGGAAUUAGCCCUGCAGGUGAUGGGCUGAGUUCAGAACUGCCUGGAAACAGCAGGAACAGGGCAGAAAUACCUAGAAGCAAUUCGGUAGAGCGGAUGCCUCAAGGGCAGGGAUGCUUGUUUAAAAUCAGACCGGAUCAAAACAUGAGGCAGCAGCACUUCAGGAUUCUUGUCACACGUGGGCCUGAAGAACAAAGUCAGGGCAUUGGUCACCCAAAGGAGGCCAGCGGCACCCCCGGUCCCACGGCGGCCGGCCCCGCAACCAGAGACGACUUCCUGGGCCAGGUGGAUGUACCGCUCAGUCACCUCCCGACUGAAGACCCAACUAUGGAGAGGCCAUACACAUUUAAGGAUUUCCUCCUCAGACCAAGAAGCCACAAAUCUCGUGUGAAGGGUUUCUUGAGACUGAAGAUGGCGUAUAUGCCCAAAAAUGGCGGCCAAGAGGAAGAAAAUAGUGAUCAGAGGGAUGACUCUGAGCAUGGCUGGGACGUGGUGGAUUCCAGCGAUGCCGCGUCUCAACGUCAGGAGGAGCUGCCACCUCCUCCGCUGCCUCCUGGCUGGGAAGAGAAGGUGGACAACCUGGGGCGGACUUACUACGUGAAUCACAACAACAGGACCACCCAGUGGCACCGACCCAGCCUCAUCGAUGUGGGGUCCGAGUCAGAUAACAACAUCAGGCAGAUAAACCAAGAAGCAGCUCACCGGCGCUUCCGCUCUCGGCGCCACAUCAGCGAGGAUUUGGAGCCAGAGCCUAUGGAGAGUGGAGACAUUCCUGAGCCUUGGGAAACCAUUUCAGAGGAGGCAAGUGCCAGUGGGGAUUCCUUAAGCUUGUCACUGCCACCUCCUCCUGCAUCUCCAGUGUCCCGGACCAGUCCUCAGGAGCUGUCUGAGGAGCUGAGCAGAAGACUCCAGGUCACUCCUGAUUCCAAUGGGGAACAACUCGGCUCUUUGAUUCAAAGAGAACCUUCUUCACGACUGAGGUCCUGCAGUGUGACAGACACAGUCGCUGAACAGUCCCAGCUAUCCCUGCAGAAUGGUCCCUCUAGGAGAGCCCGUUCUUCAACUGUCACAGGGGGAGAGGAGCCAACGCCUUCUGUGGCUUACGUGCACACCACGCCUGGCUUACCUUCGGGCUGGGAGGAGCGCAAGGACGCCAAGGGCCGGACCUACUACGUCAACCACAACAACCGGACCACAACGUGGACACGGCCCAUCAUGCAGCUCGCCGAGGAUGGGAUGGUGGGGCCGGGCACGAGCAGCAGCAACCACCUGAGCGAGCCACAGAUCCGGCGGCCCCGCAGCCUCAGCUCCCCCACGGUCACCCUGUCAGCACCGCUCGAGGGCAUGAAGGACUCUCCGGUGCGCAGGGCAGUGAAGGACACUCUCUCCAACCCUCAGUCCCCGCAGCCAUCCCCCUACAACUCCCCCAAGCCCCAGCACAAGGGGGCCCAGAGCUUCCUGCCCCCGGGCUGGGAGAUGCGCAUCGCCCCGAACGGCCGCCCCUUCUUCAUCGACCACAACACCAAGACCACCACGUGGGAGGAUCCACGGCUGAAGUUUCCGGUGCAUUUGAGAUCCAAAGCAUCUCUGAACCCCAAUGACUUGGGCCCUCUUCCUCCUGGCUGGGAGGAAAGAAUACACCUGGAUGGAAGAACAUUUUAUAUAGACCAUAAUAAUAAAAUUACGCAGUGGGAAGACCCCAGGCUGCAGAACCCAGCCAUCACGGGCCCAGCAGUGCCGUACUCCAGGGAGUUCAAGCAGAAGUACGACUAUUUCCGCAAGAAGUUAAAGAAACCUGCUGACAUACCCAACAGAUUUGAGAUGAAAUUACACAGAAAUAACAUUUUUGAGGAGUCCUACAGAAGAAUCAUGUCUGUGAAGAGACCUGAUGUACUAAAAGCCAGACUCUGGAUUGAAUUUGAGUCAGAAAAAGGACUUGACUAUGGAGGUGUGGCCAGAGAAUGGUUUUUUCUCUUGUCCAAGGAGAUGUUUAACCCUUACUAUGGUCUCUUUGAAUACUCAGCAACGGACAACUAUACACUUCAGAUUAAUCCUAAUUCAGGUCUCUGUAACGAAGACCAUCUGUCGUACUUCACGUUCAUUGGCCGGGUUGCCGGCCUGGCCGUGUACCACGGGAAGCUGCUGGACGGCUUCUUCAUCAGACCUUUCUACAAGAUGAUGCUGGGGAAGCCCAUAACUCUGAAGGACAUGGAGUCAGUGGAUAGCGAAUACUACAACUCUCUGAAGUGGAUCCUGGAAAAUGACCCUACGGAGCUGGAUCUCAUGUUUUGCAUAGAUGAGGAAAACUUUGGACAGACAUAUCAAGUGGACCUGAAGCCCAAUGGGUCCGAAAUCAUGGUAACAAAUGAAAACAAGCGGGAAUACAUUGACCUGGUCAUCCAGUGGCGGUUUGUCAACAGAGUGCAGAAACAAAUGAAUGCCUUUCUGGAGGGAUUCACAGAACUGCUUCCGAUUGAUCUGAUUAAAAUUUUUGAUGAGAAUGAACUAGAGUUACUGAUGUGUGGCCUUGGUGACGUCGAUGUCAAUGACUGGAGACAACACACCAUCUACAAGAAUGGUUACUGCCCAAAUCAUCCCGUUAUCCAGUGGUUCUGGAAGGCUGUUCUGCUGAUGGAUGCUGAGAAACGGAUCCGGCUCCUGCAGUUUGUGACCGGGACAUCACGCGUGCCUAUGAACGGAUUUGCUGAACUUUAUGGUUCAAAUGGUCCUCAGCUGUUUACAAUAGAGCAGUGGGGGAGUCCUGAUAAGCUGCCCCGAGCUCACACCUGCUUUAACCGCCUAGACUUACCUCUGUAUGAAUCUUUUGAAGACCUGCGGGAGAAGCUCCUCAUGGCCGUGGAGAAUGCCCAAGGGUUUGAAGGGGUGGAUUAACUUUGCAGGAGCCGUUCCCUCUCCAAGCAUGUUUUGCUGGCUUUGGCACCUGCCCGAGGGACUCCAAGGGACUGUGGCAUAGCAGCUGCCCGGCGCUGGGCUCUGGAGCAAACCCUGGCAGCGCAGGGGCCGAGCCCCGAGGCUGGGACUGUCACCUGGGGUGGCCUUGCUGAUGUUCCCGCAGCAGCUGCGAACUGAUCACAUUUCAGCAGGACUUACUCUAUUUAUGUUGUGCCUCUGUAGGCAAAGCCCUUAAUAAAUAUUUUACACAAUUUCUAAUGACAAUGAAUGGAAUUAAUCAUUUUACAGGUAUAGUAUUACAACUCAUGUUUACUUCUUAAUUGCUUUAGACAUUUUCAGAUUUUAUUUCAUUACAAUUAAAUAUCAUAUACUUGGAAAAAA